AAAUCUGCCUAGCAACCGGGGAAGCCGGGCUGCGAAGCGGGCAAUUUCAGUGUGAGACGGAGCGGCGAGACCAAGCGGCGGCUUCGAGCGCGGCGCGGCGGCUCCUCCCGCCCGGGGUCAGCGCCCCGGCGCGCGCACGCGCACCCCUGCUGCCCGAACGCGCUCCGCGCCGCCCGCGCAGUCAGUCGGUCGAUCGUCCGUCGUCCUGUCGCCGCCGCGGUCGCCGCCGCGGGCGCCACCUGAGGGAGCUGCCGCCGCGAGACCCGAGCGGACGGGAUCCGACCCUGCCACCCGAGGCCAUCUGGGGCCCAGCAGCCGCCCGCAGAGGCGCCGAGCAACUUCGGUUGGCCAGCACGUUGACAGCAGUUGCCUUUUGACGUAGCUCCCACCAUGGCCGGCUGGUAGGACCACUGUCCCAUGCCCAGAAGCCAGGACCUAAUGAAAGGUUCCAGCCCUCCUCACGCUCACAGACUGGUGGCCGGCCAGGACCUCCGCCCCAUCCCCAGUCCCAGACACUGCAGCCUGGGAGGCCCAGUCACCGCUGCUAGCAUUUUGCUGACUCCUGUACGAGAUGAAUCCAGAAAACUGCUCGCAGCUAAAAGAGCACCUGCUGGGACCCAAAGCAGAGUGCACGGACCUGAGAUGUGCACCACACCACGCCCAUCCCCUUCUGGGUUAGACAGCCUCCCUCCUCCUGAGUUACUGUUGCAGUACCUCAGAAGCCGCACCCCACCCACAGCCACAGCAAACACCAGCUCUCCGCAGUUCAGAAUGACUGAAGAAGCAUGCCGAACACGGAGUCAGAAGCGGGCGCUUGAGCGGGACCCAGUGGAGGACGAUGUGGAGAGCAAGAAGAUAAAAAUGGAGAGAGGAGUGUUGGCUUCGGAUUUAAACGCUGACGGAGACACACGAGUGACGCCUGAGUCGGGACCAGGCCCUGCCCAAGGGCUGCUGAGGGGGACAGAGGCGACGGCCAUGGGCAGAGGCGAAGGGCAGGUGGGCGACGGGCCUGUGGACAUGCGAACCACGCACAGUGACAUGAAGUCUGAGAGGAGACCCCCUUCGCCCGAUGUGAUUGUGCUGUCUGACAACGAGCAGCCUGCGAGCCCGAGGGUGAACGGGCUGACUGAGGAGCCCCCGAAGGAGACCAGCGCCGAGACCCUCAUGAAAAGCAGUCCUGAAGAACGAGAAAGGAUGAUCAAGCAACUAAAAGAGGAGUUAAGGUUAGAAGAAGCAAAACUGGUUUUGUUGAAGAAGUUGCGGCAGAGUCAAAUACAAAAAGAAACUCCCACCCAGAAGCCCGCAGGCUCCACUGGGAGCUCCGUGACCACCCCUCCCCCGCUCGUACGGGGCACCCAGAACAUUCCUUCCGGCAAGCCAUCACUUCAGACCUCUUCAGCUCGGAUGCCUGGCAGUGUCAUCCCACCACCCCUGGUCCGUGGCGGGCAGCAGACGUCCUCAAAGUUAGGGCCUCAGGCGAGCUCCCAGGUCGUCAUGCCCCCGCUCGUCAGGGGGGCCCAGCAAAUCCACAGCAUCAGACAACAUUCCAGCACGGGGCCGCCGCCACUCUUGCUGGCUCCCCGGGCGUCUGUGCCCAGUGUGCAAAUUCAGGGACAGAGGAUCAUUCAGCAGGGCCUCAUCCGCGUCGCCAACGUCCCCAACACUAGUCUGCUCGUCAACAUCCCACAGCCCUCCCCAGCAUCGCUGAAAGGAACGACAGCCACCUCUGCUCAGGCCAACUCCACCCCCAGCAGCGUGGCCUCCGUGGUCACUGCUGCGGAUUCUCCAGCGAGUCGGCAGGCGGCCGCCAAGCUUGCACUGCGCAAACAGCUGGAGAAGACGCUGCUUGAAAUCCCCCCACCCAAACCCCCUGCCCCUGAGAUGAACUUCCUGCCCAGCGCUGCCAACAACGAAUUCAUCUACCUGGUCGGCCUGGAGGAGGUGGUGCAGAACCUGCUGGAGACACAAGCGGGCAGGAUGUCGGCUGCCGUCGUGCUCUCCCGGGAGCCCUACAUGUGUGCACAGUGCAAGACAGACUUCACGUGCCGCUGGCGGGAGGAGAAGGGCGGCACCAUCAUGUGCGAGAACUGCAUGGCGUCCAACCAGAAGAAGGCGCUCAAGGUGGAGCACACGAGCCGCCUGAAGGCCGCCUUCGUGAAGGCGCUCCAGCAGGAGCAGGAGAUCGAGCAGCGUCUCCUGCAGCAGGGCGCCGCCCCCGCGCAGGCCAAGGCCGAGCCUGCCAGCGCCCCGCACCCUGUGCUGAAGCAGGUCAUAAAACCCCGGCGGAAGUUGGCGUUCCGCUCAGGAGAGGCCCGCGACUGGAGUAACGGGGCUGUGCUACAGGCCUCCAGCCAGCUGUCCCGGGGCUCGGCCACAACGCCCCGAGGCAUCCUGCACACAUUCAGCCAGUCGCCCAAACUGCAGAACGCAGCCUCGGCCACCACCCUCGUCGGCAGGACGGGCAGACAUUCCGAGAGGGCCGUGAGCGCUGGCAAGGGCAGCACCACCUCCAACUGGAAGAAGGCGCCCCUGAGUACAGGCGGGGCCCUCGCGUUUGUCAGCCCGAGCUUGGCGGUGCACAAGACCUCCUCAGCCGUGGACCGCCAGCGGGAGUACCUCCUGGACAUGAUCCCGCCCCGCUCCAUCCCCCAGUCAGCCACGUGGAAGUAGUGCGAGCCAGGCCCAGUGGAGAACAGGCUCCCUCCCUCCCACCUGGCCCCACCACCCUCCGCUCGGGAAGACACCCCGCUCCCCAAGAGGGUGAGCGCGCGCAGGCCACGCUGCCGAAGUGAGAGCUCCAGUCUUGGCUACAGAGUCUCGUCGCGUCACGGAGGGGCGCUCCACAGGUGGACCAGGAUUCAUACUGGGGACCUUUCCCGUGGGCUUCCUUCCUUUCUUUGCCUUUAGUUUGCCCAACACCAGCAGAAAAGCGGACCUCGGGGCCGGCUCUGCUCCUGGCCCUCCCUUGAGCCCCUGGCAGGGCUCGUGGACGGCGCACCCAGACACUGUGACAUGCUCGGGCUGCCCGGCGCUGCGGAAGUGGAGCGGAGCAUUGUUCUGUUUUGCUUUGGCCCCGUCUUAGCCUCCUAAUCUUUGACUGCCUUUCUUCAUGGCAAUCCCUAGAUUGACAGAUUUUUUAAAAUCACCUCACGAUGAUGGAGUUUAAUGUAAAUGGUGCAGACCCAGGGUUCCCUGGGUUCCCUGCCAAGCGCGACCCCAGUGCCCUGGGGGGUGGGGCUGCUGACCCCCCCCCAGCCCUCACUCACUCCAGCAGAAGGCCUCUGCUGCUGCUCAUCCCGGAGACAUCCUCCGACCUUCCACACUUAAGCAGAAGAACAAACUGCAACCCAGACCGAGCCAGAGAGCCUGGGAACCUGGGGCCUGAGCAGGGAGGGGAGAGUCGGCAGCCACACCCAGAGCCGGAGCAGGAAGUUGGAGGGGCCUGGCCCUUGUGUUUGUUGUUGUGGUGGUGAUUUACUUUAUUAAAUUGUUUCUUUUUCUCUUCCUCCUUAUUUUGAUGGACAGCAUCCUGAGCCCUGGCCUGUGCUCCUGUCAGGAAUGUGCGUGUGGGGAGGCGCCGCCACACCCCCAGACUUCAGGGUUUGCAUUUGGGUCUAGUUUAGAACCUCCCUUGAAAAGCAGGGCCAUGCUGCCAGGGUCUGCCUUCAGACUUUUUUUUAACCCCCUAGCGUCUACAGAAACGUCUCAAAGGAUCAGGUCUGCGCUUAGUUGUGUUCCGUUCUGUUUUCUCCCUCCCCUUAAAAAUCAGUCCAUGAGGAAAGGCAGAAGCUGUUGUGUAUGUGCUGCACAUGGGCCAGCUCUGUGCAGGUGUGAGGGUGUCACGUGUGCAUGCACACACGUGUGGAGACGGGGUAUGCUGUUCCUCACUUCAGCCCCAGCCCUGGUUUUCCUGUCCAUGGAGUUAGGGACUUAAUUUAAAAUUCUUAUUUUGUAGGGCCACCUUCAUCAAAUACACUGCUGCACCGUUCUAAUAAAGGCUCAUUUAACCCCC